UGUUCCUUUAAUUUUUCCCUUUCAUUUUGUAUACAUAUAUGAAGAAAAGGAAAGGACGAACAUUAGGUGAAAAGAAAACUCAAAGAUACUAGUAACAAGCGAGUGAGGUGAGAUCAAGAUGAAGAGAGCAGAGCUUGUGUUCAUCCCUGCCCCGGGAAUAGGUCACCUUGUUUCCAAAAUAUUGUUUGCAAAACAAUUACUUGACCAAGAUAACCGUUUCUCAAUCACUGUUCUUGUUAUAAAGCGACCCUAUGGAACCAACAUGGACGCAUACAUUCACUCACUUGUUGCCUCAGAGAGCCGUAUAAAGCUUAUACAUCUUCCUCAAGUAGACCCUCCUCCUCAAGAGCUUUACCUAAGGUCUGUUGAAAAAUAUAUUGCUGAUUUAAUAGAAAGCCACAAAACCCAUGUCAAAGAAGCUAUCAUCAACCAAGUGUUACCCAAUUCAAGUUCAAUUCCACUUGCUGGGUUGGUGGUUGAUAUGUUUUGUACAGCCAUGAUUGAUGUAGCACAUGAACUUGGUGUACCAUCUUAUGUGUUCUUUACUUCUAGUGCAGCCUUUCUUGGCUUCAUGUUCUACCUUCCAAAACGGUAUGACCAAUUGGGCACUGAGUUUGGAGAAUCAGAUCAUGAAUCAGACAUACCGAGUUAUGUGAACCCGGUUCCUACAAGUGUCUUGCCUUCAUUUGUGUUCAAUAAGGAAGGUGGGCACGCUUGCAUGGUAAACCAUGGAAGAAAGUUUAAGGAGGCAAAGGGUAUUAUUAUCAAUACGUUUUUGGAGCUCGAAUCCCAUGCGAUAAGCUCAUUUUUAGACCAUGAAAUACCUCCUGUUUACACGCUGGGGCCUUUGAUUAAGCUCAAGAGUCAGACUGAUUUUAGUCUUGGGGUCAUUAAUCAAGCUCAACAUGAGAAGAUCAUGAAAUGGCUUGAUGAUCAGCCUCAAUCUUCGGUGGUGUUCCUAUGUUUUGGAAGCAUGGGCAGCUUUGGUGCAUCCCAAUUGAAAGAGAUUGCACUUGGGCUCGAGCAAAGUGGCCACAGGUUCUUAUGGUCCAUACGUUGUGCAUCCUCAGAUGAUAAGUUUGCAGCACCUAAAGAUUGUAUGAAUCUUGAGGAUGUCUUGCCACAAGGUUUUUUGGAAAGGACAAGCAAAAUUGGAAUGAUAUGUGGGUGGGCCCCACAAGUGGAGAUCUUGGCCCACAAAGCUACAGGAGCGUUUGUGUCACAUUGUGGAUGGAACUCAACCUUGGAGAGUUUAUGGUAUGGUGUACCUAUUGCCACAUGGCCAAUUUAUGCAGAACAACAAAUUAAUGCUUUUGAGAUGGUGAGGGAUUUGGGGUUAGCCGUGGAGUUGAGAUUGGAUUAUAGAGUUGGUGGUGAGGUUGUGAUGGCUGAGGAAAUUAAGAAAGCAGUGGAAUGUGUGAUGCAAGGUGAUAGUGAGGUGAGGAAAAGGGUCAAAGAGAUUAGUGAAAAGAGUAGGAAGGCCGUGAUGAAUGGUGGAUCUUCAUCUGCUUCUCUUGGACGGUUGAUUGAGGAUAUAUCCAGAAACAUGGUGCUUGAGGAGAAGUGAAAUUUAUGCAUCUUUAGAUUAUUAGUGGUUUGUUUUGUGAGUACUAGUGCACUCUAUCUUAUAUGUGUAUACUGUUGUGAGUACAAAGUCAAAUUAGAUAUUUGAGACAGUUGCCCAACA